UAAACCUUUCCACCCCCUUCUCUCUCAUCAUCCUUCUUUCUCUCACUUGUCUCCCUCUCAAUUAGGGCUCCAAUUACCACAACCUCUCUCUCUCAAAUGGCAGAAAACUCUCCAAAACGCCACCGCGAUGACUCAAUCGGCUCCGAUCUAGACGAUUCAUGCUCAAUCGUGAAGCGCCAGAAGCCCUAUAACAACAUUCUCAACCUCCUCGACGAAGAGGAGCCGGAGCCGAGCAAUGAGCCGAGCCAGGAUUUAUCAGCUAUGUUCACCUCCCUCGAGCAAGAGCUCUCCUCCUCCGGCUCCGGCUCCGACACCACCAACUUCGACUUUGAGCCUCUGCCGGAGGCGUCGGAGCACUCUCAGCCACUAGCCUCCGCUGGAGAUGAGGACGAGAGCGUGAAGUCUGUGAUGAGGCAUCUUCUAGAAGCUUCGGAUGAUGAGCUCGGGAUUCCGAACACGACGGACGAAAACGGCGUUGAAAAUUUUAACGGCGCCGAAGAUUUACCGUUUGCGUUUACUGAUCACGAGCUGUGGGAAUUUGAAGACGUGGCGGCUAAUUACUAUACUGUUUUACAGUCUGAACUUUUCAUGUAGAAGAAAGAAAAAUUUAAUUUAUUGGUCUAUAAUGACAAGUAGGAAUAUUUAGAGGGUGUAGAAGUAAAUGAACUGAAGAUUAGGGAGGCAAAGGAAAGGGAAAAUGGAGAAGUUUUUAUAGUAGGUUUUUCAUUUUGGUCUCCACUUCUUUUAUGUGAUGUUUCCCUAUAUUUUACUACUAUUAUAAAAAUCUUAAAUAAGUAGAAGUUGGAAAAAAAAUCAGAAGAUUCACCUUGCCAACUAAUUUUAUACGCGUACCAGUACCACCGAAAGUGUCAUUUCAUCCAUUUCAUCCUAAAUGAAAUAUUACUCUUUAUUUUUUCUCA